AUGCUCGCUUCAGGCAUUCUCUCCAUGCCAUUGACCGCUGAAGAAAGCCGAAAUGCUCAUGCGCCAAUCCUAGCUCGCAUGGAAUACCCGACCCACCCAGAAGCGCAUCUUUCCUCGCGUUCUUCCCUAGGCCGAAGGAACCCUACUUACGGAGGAGAAUACGCUGGCUACGGCGGAGGAGCUGGAGGUGGUUUAGGAGGCGGUCUAGGAGGCGGUCUAGGAGGCGGUAUCGGAGGCGGUAUCGGAGGCGGUCUCGGAGGCGGUCUCGGUGGAGGUCUCGGUGGAGGUCUCGGUGGGGGACUCGGUGGAGGGAUCGGUGGAGGAAUUGGGGGAGGAAUUGCAGGAGGAAUUGGAGGAGGAGCUGGCGGUGGCGCCGGAGGAGGAGCCGGAGCCGGAUAUGGAGGGGCAUCCGGAUAUGAUGGUGGGGCUGGAUAUGGAGGUGGCGCCGGAUAUGGAGGAGGAGCCGGAUAUGGGGUGGAAGUGCAGGUGGAAUCGGAGCCGGCGUGGAGUUGA